AUGAGGCUGUCUGCUAAGUUUCAGCAGCCUUGUGUCCAAUCUUUCUGGCUGGACCGGUGGCAGGAAUGCAGGGUGCGGCAACCCGGGUGGAUGAGAGGUGAAAGAAGAAUCACAGAAGAAUGGUGGGCGUUUUCAGAGGACCUCGAGGGGGAUUUCAAAGCAGGUGAAGAUCCGACAGUGGUCCUCCCGCCUGUGAUGUCCGCCAGUCCGAGGAACCACGGGUGGAAAGGGGAAAAGAAAGCAGAGCACCAGAAUAAGUAA